ACAAAUAAAAGUACUCGAAUUUUCGAGGCGGUGUGCGUCAGCGCAUGCGUCCUUCUCCCCGUCCCGUUUUCCCUAUUCCCAUUUAUUUCUAUCUCAUUCACCUUCCUUCAUUGUCACCUACUUCCAUUUUUCAUCGAAUUCUUCUGCUCCUUAGCUUCAGAACCGUGAGAUUAAAUAUGCACACUCCAUCAAGCCUUAUCGACAUCUCUGUUACAUGGAGGGGAAAAAAGUUUGUUGUAGACAUGAAUUUGGAUGCCACUGUCAAGGAUCUAGGGGAGGAGUUGCAAAGAUUAACGGAUAUCAGACAAGAUACCAUGAAGCUUAUUGUUCCACAGAUUGCUGGCAGAACAUCUAAACUGCUGUCUCCCUUUUCAACAGAGCAUGCAAUUUUAAGUUUGCGGGAAGCCUCCAUUACCGAGGCCAAGUUAAUUCUAAUGAUGGGCGUAUCAACAAAUGAGGUCGACGAAGUUCUGAAAAAUGCUGAAGCAAAUUUAAGAAUAGCAGGAUUUGAGGACGAGGAAAAGCGGCUGAAACAGAAAAUUUCACAUGGACCUCGUGUUUCAUUGAAACUUCCACAAGGGCCUUAUAUAUUUUGUGAAUUUCGCACUCUUGAAAUUCCUGGAUUGAAGUUGAAUCCCCCUCCGUCCGAGGCACUGAAAAGAAUGCAUAUGCUUGCUGCUGAUCCUGGAAUCGUUGCAGUCAUGAACAAGCAUCGUUGGCGUGUGGGAAUCAUGACUGAGAUGGCUCCCAUUGGUUAUGUUGGUGUGAGCCCAAAAUGCAUUCUUGGGUUUAACAAGAAUCACGGAGAGGAAAUAUCAUUGCGACUUCGAACCGAUGACCUCAAGGGUUUCAGAAAAUAUGAAAGCAUUAAGAAAACUCUACUGCAUGAACUUGCUCACAUGAUAUACUCUGAACAUGAUGCAAACUUUUAUGGUCUGGAUAAGCAGUUAAAUCAAGAAGCUGCUAGUUUAGAUUGGACCAGAUCUGCAGGCCACACUUUGAGUGGAGUGAGGAGUUCUGAAAUCUAUGAAGAUGAUUUUAUGGCCGAGGACAGUAGCAAUAUUCCUCAAAAGCUUGGAGGUAAUAGGUCAGACCACCUAAUGAGUGCUCGUGAAUCUUCAGUUACUGCUGCUUACCAUAGGAUGGCCAGUGUUAUCUCUAACAAGCUGGGAGAGUCCGAAGUAAAUCAAGAGCCGGACCGAGAUCAAUUCAAUGCUAAUAUCGGAGAAAACCCUGAUCAUAUGGAAUCUUCCUCCGAAGAAAUUAAAUAUAUUGACACACCCAUCAUUAUUGAAGAAGGACUUAAUGAGCCCGACCCUGAUGAUCAAAUUAAAAAUGGAAUGAAGCAUGAACCUGAUCCUGAUGAUUCUUAUCAUGGUAAAGCUUUUCUUUUUUAUGUUUGUCCAGAAACUACUGAUAGCAGGACUGUAUUUGACCAAAAGCCUAUUGAUUUUGGUGUAGCAGAACCUUUGCAUUCUCAGACAGGUACAGUGAAUAUGGAUGCAACUUAUCCUGGUGCAAAUGAUUCAGAAACAUCGUUAAAGUCUAUUGCUCCAGCAAUUGCUGCUCACGGUGAAUUUGAUAUAGAAAUAAAUACGACAGCAGAACCUGAUCCUGAUGACAGCGUGGUUUCCACACCAAAGUUAUCUACAUUGCAGACUGAUGAGCCAGAUCCGGAUGACCAAGAGCUCCAGAGGAUAAAUGGUGCCAUGACUGAUGUAUGUAAUCGAUUGCAAAAGGCCUUGGAGAUGCUUAAAAGUGAAGUUAGUCCAAUGCAAAGUACUUCAAUUCUCCAAACUCUCUUGAAAAUAAUUAGGAAUGUGAUUGAACAUCCUGAGAUGGAAAAAUACAAGAGAUUGCGGAAGGCUAAUCCUGUCAUUGAGAGGAAUAUCCUAACUAAUAAAGCUGCCUUGGAAAUUCUCUCUUUGGUUGGUUUCAGAGACGAUGUUAUAUAUGAUAAUCUUGGCAAGGAAGAUGCAUACUUGGUGUUGAAGCGGAAUGAUCCUGGCUUAUUGUGGCUAGCUAAGUCAACCAUUGAGUCAAGUAGUGCUUGCUAGCUCUCAAAACAAUUCUUAAAGACAAAACAAAGUGGCAUGUAGAAGUGUACUAUAUAAAUUUGUACCCAAAAAAAAGUGUACUAUAUAAAAGAUAUCAUUAGAAUAUGUAAAUGCGUUAAAAUUGUCACUUUAUAUUGGCAUUGCAUGCAAAUAGUGUGAUAAAUUAUUCAACACAUAGAAAUGCCGUGGAAAGAAAAAGCAUUGUAUAUAAAUAUUGGAAGUGCAAAUAAAAAUAAGGGAUUCUAUCAA